CUUUUUGAGAACGUGCUCCUCGCGAAUGGUGGACUCGCGAUUCUGGCACUUGCAUUCGCGCUGGGGCUGGGCCUCUGCUAGGACCGAGGUGCCUGAUCACCGGGCGCACGGGCGACCCGGCAUCGCAAUCACAAUGCUGCUGUGGCGCAGUAUGGCGCUCGAGCAGACACUUUUUGCAAGAAGCGAGAUCGAUGUCGGGUAGGCGGGGCGAAACAUCUAUAAGAUCCUGACUUGCCCAUGUACUCUUACCCCUUCUCGCUCCUCACCGUUGGUCAACACCAUUCCGCAACCUUCAGGGCGAUCCUCACCCUCCUGUCCAACCGCAUUGCAUCGCGCAUUCCAAACACUCAUCCCCGCACACCCUAACAGCUGCUAGUCAUCAUGGCUUUCGGCAACGACCUCGACGCCUACCAAGGCGCGUCGACCUCUCUCGCUCUGGUCGAGAAGUCGCGUGCUCGCAGCUUCCUCGGCCUCAGCUGGGGUGAAGCAAAGCUGCUCGUCAUUGCAGGUGUGGGAUUCUUCAUGGACGCCUACGACCUGUUCAUCAUCAACAUGAUCUACGCAAUCCUCCUGCGCACCUACAAGGAGUUCAAGGUGCCGCAGACUGACAGAGGAGCACCGCUUCCAAACAUCACGUGGGGCCUGGAUGGAGGUGUCCUCAAGGCAUCGGCCAACAUCGGCAACGUUUUUGGUCAAAUCCUCUUUGGUUUCCUCGGUGACACUUUCGGCAGAUCAGCAGUAUAUGGAAAGGAACUCAUCAUCAUCAUUGUCGCCGUCAUCAUGAUCAUCUCUGUGCCCGACUACCUUGGAGGUGUCGGUGUCACUGCCUGGAUGACCGCCUUCCGCUUCAUCAUGGGUAUCGGUAUCGGUGGUGACUACCCUAUGAGCGCUACCAUCGUCUCGGACCGCUCUCACGCCCACAAGCGCGGUACCCUCUUGGCCCUCAUCUUCUCCAACCAAGGUUGGGGUAACCUCGUCGGCGCCAUCGCUGCCGUCGUCGUCAUUGCCGCAUACAAGGGUCCCGUCACUGCCGGAGACACGCACAAGCUCUCUGGAGCUUGGCGCAUCCUCCAAGGUCUGGCCCUCAUCCCCGCUUUCGGUGUCCUCUACUUCCGUCUCACCCUCGUCGAGUCCACCCGCUUCACUCAAGCGCGUCAGAUUCAGGACGACCCCGAGCUGCUUGCCAAGGCUUCCGCUGCCGGCGUCGUCGUUGGCGAGUCUGACUCUGACGAGGAGCUCGCUAAGAAGGGUGGCGACACUCCUAUCGCUGCUGAGAACGAGGCUGUCGGCCUCAAGUUUGCUACCGUCGGCAAGAAGCCUCACAACGAAUUCUUCGAGUACUUCAGCGAGUGGCGCCACCUGCGCGUUCUCCUCGGCACAAUUCUCGGCUGGUUCUUGGUCGACAUUACCUUCUACGGCAUCAAUCUCAACCAGUCCGUCAUCCUGCAAGCCAUCGGUUUCACCACUGGUAGCACUUGGUCCAAGCUCAUGAAGGUCGCCACUGGUAACCUGAUCAUCACCGUCGCUGGUUUCUUGCCUGGCUACUUCUUCACUGCCGCACUCAUCGAGGUCGUUGGCCGCAAGCCCAUUCAGCUUCUCGGUUUUGCCAUGAACGCCCUCUUCUUCGGCAUCCUCGGCGGCAAGUUCGACGAGUACAAGGCGCAUACCAACCAGAUCUUCCCCCUCUUCGUCUUUUUGCAAUUCUUCUUCAACUUUGGUGCCAACGCUACCACCUUCAUCAUUCCUGCCGAGGCUUUCCCCACCCGUGUCCGUGCUUCCGCUCACGGUCUGUCUGCCGCUUGCGGUAAGCUGGGAGCCAUUCUGGCUUCGCUCGGCUUCAGCGUCUUGGCCGACCCCAAGAAGUCGAUCGGCCAAGAAAAGGUCUUCUGGAUCUUCUUUGCCAUCUCCAUCCUUGGAUUCAUCGUCACUAUCCUCCUCGUACCAGAGACCAAGGGCUACGAUGCUGACGAGGUCGACCGCAAGGAGCUCGCUGAGAAGCGAGGCCUCGGCGCAGAGACCAACCCCAACUUGCACUCUCUCUAGAAUGGAGAAAGGGUCCGAAAAAAAACGAUUAGGAUAUUCACGCGUCGAUGUUUUGUUAUAGAUCAUGUUUGUGGGCCCCUUGCAUAAUGACCAUUCGUCUUUCUUGCAAGCCGAGCUCCACUUGCCUUUGGCCUUCUCUCUUCUGAUGUCCUUUGUCGACAGUCGCGCUUCAUGCUUUCGUGUUUCGCUAUUUUGGGCUUUUCUCUAGUCAUGUACAAAGCUUUUGCCACUAUUCCCUCAACCCGGCUUGCGCCCCCCCCCCUACUCCACAAACGUUGACUUACCCACGCACAACGAUUGUCGACGUCACCCUAUCACGAAUGCAUACCAAUUUC